UCGGUGACGGUCCUAUCUAAGCAGGACCCGGGUGCUGAUUGGUCCGGCGCCGGUCACGUGGUGGUCACCUCGAGUGAAGAUGUGGCGUAUCACCUCUGGAGUAUCCGGUCACGUGGUCGCUUCUGGAAGAUUCUGGGAUCUUCAGCGAUCUGCAUCUGCGAAGUCACGUUUGAGACAACCAAGGAAACGCCCUGCAGCUGUAACUUUGAAGGGGCCGAUCUUUGCGGAUACACCCAGAGCCAGGAUGACGAUUUUGACUGGACGCACCAAUACGGUCCGACGCCAUCCUUGUACACAGGGCCACCUAGCGAUCACACCUAUACUGCACCUGACAAAGGACGAUACAUCUACACGGAGGCGUCCCUUCCGAGGAGGGAGCAAGAGAGAGCCAGGCUGACGUCACCACAGUGCCCUGCAGCGCCGCCU